AUAAAUUUUCCAUUUUCCUUCUUGAUUCAAAUUCCUCGAGUGAGACUGUUCUUUCAGUUUUUGCCUUUGCUCCUGUCCAAAAGGUCGGGCCCAAAACAACAACACAAUCAUCAUCAUAGGUAAAUUCAAGUGUCGCCGACGUCUCGAUGAACCAUCCAAGUCGAUGACUUGCUCUUUUGAGUUGGCUCUGACGUCUGGCCCUCCCGAUCUGCAGGCUCAGUGGCCGAUCCGUUUGUAGCAUUCGGCCCAGCCCGACGCUUCUUUCUCAUCUUUUGCUGUUUUCCUUUUACUACUGCCGUCCGGAUUGUGUCCCACAUUCUCAGCCCUUCCGUGUUGAUCGGAUCCCCCUGGACGGCGGAGAGCAACUGUCCUUGUAUAUGUCUUUCUGGCCCCGAUCGACCCGACUCGGCUGGCUGGAGCCCAUCAACCUGGACGACAGACAUUUCUGUCUAUCUGUGUCUUAGCCUCAUCCUCCUCCUUCCAUUCAGUCUGCCACCUCCAUCCUGAUAACAGACAGCCUGAUCAGAAACCCUCUUCAUCCAGCUGCCAACCUUUUUUUUUCUCUCCCCCCUCUACACCACAUCCAUAUAUAAAAAAUAAAAAUUAGAGAAAAAAUGGCAAGCAGCAGCUCAACCCCACUCUGCAAAGUCUGCGAGGACCCCCUCGUCACCCAGCCCGACGAGGACGACGCCGGCGAGGCCCCAGCCCCGGACGACCUCGAGCUGCCCUGCGGCUGCCACUACCACUGGCAGUGCCUGCUGGACCAGGCGGGCCACAUAGCCCUGGCCCUGACCUGCCCCUCGUGCGACAAGUACCUGCCCACCAACGAGGCCGGCCCCAGCGUCACCAACCCCGUCUUCCACACCCCGCAGCACCAGACCACGAUCCGCACGCGCUACGCGUCAGAGGGCGGCGUCGAGGAGGACUUCGAUAUCCUGCCCACCCUCACGGAGGAGGCCUACCUCGAGUCGCACCCCGAGGAGCGCCGCCCCCGCGCCUUCCACACCCUCUGCGGCGAGGGCGACGUCCUCGGCGCCGUCGAGCUGCUGAGCGACGCCGCCGCCGACGAGGGGGCGCAGGGCGGCGACGUCGCGGCCAUCCUGAGCUACCGCGACCCCCUGGCCCGCGGCCGCUCCGCCCUGCACCUCGCCCUCGAGCGCGGCCAGGAGGACGCCGUCUGGCUGCUGCUGUUCCUCGGCGCCCCGCGCCUGCCGCUCGACGCCUUCCCCCAGGAGGCCCUCGACGCCGCGCGCGGGAUGGGCAUCGGCCGCAUGCCCGAGCGCCGCGGGGAGGACCUCCGCGCGCUGCGGGACGACGACGGGCGCGCCCCCGAGGACUAUGCGAGGGCCCUGCCCGAGGUGUGGGGGCGGCUGGUUGGUGCGGGCGUGCUGAGGCCCUGA